CCGUCCUGUUCGCAGUUUGCAAAUAAACGCGCACGUGGCCACGCUCCGCAUUCAGCCUGUUGUCGCGCGCGGACAGCGGCUUCUCUCCGAGCUCGCCAUUACACCGGCCAAGGCGACAGUCUGUCUCGCUUUCUCUUUUUUCCUUUUUUUUUUUUUUUUUUUGGCCAGCAAGCCGCGGUUUCUUUGUGCGUCGUGUCGCUUGCUUUGGGCUUGUAUUUGUAACGAGUCGAGUGUGUACCUCAGGUCAGACGCGUUCAGACAGAACAGUACUUACUAACUAAGACUUAGUACGUGUUAAAAUGUCCGGCCAGCGCGAGCAGACGAAGAGCUGCCCGAUCCCGACCCGUGUGCUGCACCUGAAGGACUGGGCGCAGCUACCUGAUUGUUACAGCCAAACCCCCGGAGGGACGCUCUUCUCCACGACGCCCGGCGGAACACGAAUUAUCUAUGACAGAAAGUUCCUGCUGGAGUGCCGGAAUUCGCCCAUUGCUCGUACACCCCCCUGUUGCCUUCCCCAGAUACCUGGGGUCACAGUGCCCUUGCUGCACCCUGUGGGCAAACUUCAGGAACUCAAAGAAGAGCUGGAGGAGGAAGUCAAGGAUCUGCCAGCUGAAGAUAACCAGUUUGAGAUGGACAUCUGAACUCUUCCUUCCUCCUAUGGAGAAAUCUGUUGAGGGUCCUUCCCUGGAUCUACUGAUUUUUUUUUCUUUUUUUUUUUUUUCUUUCCUCUCCUUCCUUCUCCCCAAAGCACUAAAAGAGAAAGGAAAACACAAAACAACCAGGGUUUUUAUCCCUGAAAUUAAAGGCAGCCAUUUCUGUUUAUUAAAAAAGUUCACUGUUGAGUGUAAAGGCAGCCAUUUAUGUUGAAAUUGAGAACAAAGUGCUUUUUUUGAGGAAGGCUGGGGUCACCGAGGCUCUCGGCAAGCUGUAGGAGGAGCAACUGGUUUGUAGCUGCCAGACUGCAGUUAAGUUUUUCUUUUCUCCCUUUUGUAUUUUUGGUACUUUUUUUUAAAUGCUAAAUAAAUGUAUGACACUAUACAUUUAGCAGCAAGGGUGAUUGUUGACAGCAGCAAGUUAUUUUUGGUUUUUAACGCUAGUCUUCCAUGUUAGCGCUGCCUUUUGCGGCCCAAGGCUGUCUGUCUGCAGUGUGGGAGCAAUUGUCAGCACUCCACUGUACUUCACUGUAUGGCUGUGGAGGGAAGACCCAAACUGUAUAAAAAAAAAAAAAUAAAUUUAAAAAAACUAAAA